AUGGAAGUCGCACAAAUCGAAAGAGGCUAUGCUCGCCGACAAGGCGACCGGGAUCAUCAGGAGGACCAGUUCUGCAUUUCCGAUCAGACCUACGCCGAUAAGGGCUACGCCCUCUACUCUGUCUUCGAUGGUCACGGGACUGUGUUGAUCGUGUUAGACGCCUACUCGAAGCAUUCCAAGGACAACAUGCAUUCCUACAUUCUGGAGAGCCCAGAGUUUGGCGGGGGUGACUACGGCCGGGCGCUCUUCCAGGGCUUCCUGCAAGAGAACCAGGCCAUGAAAGAAAUUCUGGAGCAGCGGGGAGAGGGCCGGGGAGGCACGACCGCCACUGUGGCCCUGGUGGUCGACAAGCACCGGCUGUUCGUUGCCAACGUGGGCGACUCUCGAAGCGUGCUGGCGAGGGACGAGGGCAGCGGCCUCGUUCCAAUCCGAAUGUCGCGCGACCACAACCUCAAGGACCCCAAGGAGUACGAGCGGAUUGCACAAUUGGGCGUGCCGGCCAAGGGCAACCGAGUCUAUGCGCCGGGGCACAGCCUCAACAUGACGCGAGCCCUGGGUGACUUUGACUUCAAGGCUCCAUACAACCAGGAGAAGCACGACACCGUGAGCGCCGAGCCCACUGUGCAUAGCAUCGACCUCUCGCCGCAGGACAAGUUCCUCAUCCUGGCCUCCGACGGCCUCUGGGACCAGUACAGCGACCAACAGGCUCUGGAAGAGGUGGCUAGGAUGCGCAUUGGUGGGGCCAAGGCCGAGGAGAUCGCCGACACGCUGUGCAAGCGGGCAGCGGAGAAGAGGCAUGCGGACAACACCACGGUGAUCGGCGCAGCAGGAGCGGUGUGCCUUGUAGAGGCCGGCGAUGAGGCCCUCCGUGCGCACAAUCUCCACGACAGCGCUCACUACGCUCUUGUACCGCCGCAGCUCUGA